GCACUUCCUUAUCAGUAAAGUGAAAUUCAAAAAUAGUGGACGUUAACAUGGCCGAGACGACGCGGUGGUGAACUCUAGUGGUUCCGUUGGUUAUGGAGAGUGUGAAGAAGUGGCUGACGGAGAGAACAAACAAAAAGAACGGACUCUACGUACACUAUAGCCCUCCAAAAUUAUUAGGAGGAGUGUCACCAGCUCAACUUCGUCAGUGGGCCCGGGGAGGGGCUGAAGGCAGGCUGGAGAAAGCGGUGCUAGCAGGACAGGGCCGGCGGCUGCUCGCUGAAACGGAGCCUUUGCCCCUGGCCCAUCACCUUCCGACCCUAAUAGCAAAAUGUGACGCCCUUCACACAGCCGUUGAGAGGGGUUCCCUGUUAGAGCUUCAGGUAUUACUGGAGCUAUUGGACUCAGAUUACAACCGCCGAAAGUAUAUAACAUGUCGCGAUGAGGCCGGAGUGGGCCUAUUACAUAAGGCUAUAUACUAUGACUACAUGGACAUAGCCACAUGGUUGGUGAAGCAGUAUCCCUUGCUUGUACAUCAGAAGGAUUCGGAAGGUCGCACACCAUUGCAUUAUGCGGCUGUUUGCCGCGACGAAGCAGCGGCGGCGGCGCUGCUGGAGGGCGCGGGCGCGUCAAGGGGCGCGAGGGACGCCGCUGGCCGCACGCCCGCACAUUACAGAGGACCGGCGCGCACUUUACUCGCGCUGCCCACCGCGACCGACAUGGCUCGCGAGACGAAGAACCCUCCUGGGUUGGUGAUAAAAGGGCACAAUAUCAGAAUAUGGUGCCACGACUGCGAUAUGGCGCGUCUGCAACGCGUCGUGUGGGAGGGACACGGUACCAGGCUACUGAGCGAAGUUUCCAAUCAACCGAUUGUGAAACGUUUUCUCGAAGCCGUUCCUUACAUCAUGAAUACAAUCCGCGAGAUUCACACCACCGUGGUCCAGAACGAUCUCGAAGGUUUAAUGAAGCAUUCCGGAGAUCCAGUGCCACCGCAAGCUUUAUCCAGUCGAGACAACAACAACAUGACUGUUAUGCAUAAGGCUGCUGGACUUGGUCAUGGUGGAAUACUGAAAUACAUCGCUGAUAGGUACCCACAAGGAAUAAAUGACAUCGAUAAUGAUGGACGUACCCCACUUCAUUAUGCUGCUACUGUAAGAGAUGAAAAACAUACAUACAAUACGUUAGUCAGCCUCGGAGCUGAUGAGAGCGCUGUAGACAACAAAAAUAAAACACCAGGUUACUACAUUAAUAGACCUCAAGAUAUAGAUAAAAAUUUACUUCGAACUAUACCAGAAGCACCUAGAACUGCAUCUAGUGCAUACCCAUCCUCAUGGGAUUGGAAACUUUUAGACACUGAAGUUAUAGCAGAAUUAAAUAAAAAAUCGAGAAGGAAGAAUCUAAAAGCAUCAAAUGAAAACAUAUCAUCUAAAAAUAAUACAAAUACGGUAUCCGAAAGUACAGAAAAUUUACCUAAUGCUAUGAAAAUGAGUAGCACUCGAGAAUUUAUAAAAGGCUUACCCGAUUUAGAUGACAGUAAUAAAUCACAUGGAGACGAUAAUGUUAAAGUAAAUAACAAAGAGGACUCAGAUGUAGCUGAAGAAAACGAUAGUGAAAUUAAUAACGAAAAAGAAAAUGAUGCAGUAGAUAUUGAAGAUCAACAUAACUCUGAAAAAGAUCCAGAGGAAGAAUUUACAAAAGAAGGAACUAAAAAUAGAGACGAAAAUAAUAUCGAUGAGGAACACGACAAAAACGAUAAUAUUGAAAAUGAAACAAGUAAUGAUGAAGAAAACAAAUCAGAAGAUAAUAUUGAUCAAAAUAAUGAAACUGAGCCUGAUAAUGAAGAGGAAAAGGAAAAUUCUGAAGACGAGAAACAUCUUUCUAAAAGUGAGCCUGAUAAUUCGGAGGAAAAUUCUGACCACACCAGAGAAAAUGGUGAUAAAGAUAAUAAUGAAAACCCUGAAAUGGACAAUAUAAAAGAAGAAUCAUCAAAUAUAAAUGAUGAAGAAAGCCAAGAAAAUAAAAACAGUAAAAAUGUUGAAUCUGAACAGGAAAACAAUGUUAAUGAAGACUCAAAUGAUGAUGAAAAUUGCAACAACGAACCAAUACAUGAAGACACAAAAGUAAAAGAAAAUGAAGAAGCUGGUGAUACAGCAAAUGAAGGAAACCUGACCAACGGCCGAAAUACACAAGAAAGUCUUAUAGCAGGCAUUAUUAGUGGUGAAGCCGAACAGGACUCGCAAGAUGCAAGUAUUGCUCAAAGAGAUGAAUCUGUACAUGGAGAAGUACUAGUAGUUGAUAAUGAAAUAGACCCUGAAGUAACGGAAUUGAUAAAUAACGCAAAUAUGGAAAUGUUAGCUACUUUGGUAUUAAACGGUGAAGGAUCAAGACUAAUAGGCAGAAGAUCUGGAAAUUCAGAACUUCAAGCAUUUCUAGACAAUGUACCAACUUAUAUGCAAAAAAUUAACAAAGUCCAUUCAGCAGCAAGAGAAGGUAAUAUACGAGAUCUUCAAGCGGCAUUAGACAGAAGGAAAUUUGCAAUAGCAAGAGAUCCCAUUUCACCUAAUGGUGCUACUCCCUUACACGUAGCAACAGUGUUUGGGAAAACAAAUAUAAUAAAAUAUCUAGGAGGAAGAUUCCCAGAAACACUAUCUGCUGUUGAUUUUGAAGGCCGAACAGCAUUGCAUUAUGCAGCCGUGUUACCUGAUAAUGGACAUUAUUAUAAUUUACUACAGCAGCUUGGAGCUAACUCAAAAGAUUUAGAUGAUAAUGGACAAUCGGCUGAAGAUUACUUAAAAAACCCCAGUUUGCUGCCUUUUAGUCAAUUGCUCUCUGAUUACGGAAUAAGUGAAGAGGCAGCACAAGAUAUGCUAUCUGACAAAGUACCAGAGGAUCAUGUAUCGUCACGGCGUUCUUUGGAUGUACCUGAGGCACUGGAUACUCUUGAACGCUGCUAUCGUCUCUUGGCAUCAGCUAGACCAUCGCGGACACCACUUUCAGCAUCUUCAAACAAGGCAACACCCCCAAUAGUAUUAGGCAGAUUUUUGAAACGACCAGUAUUUGAAAUGAUAAAAUACAGAAUUACUAAACUUGAUCAUGAUCUUUUCGAUGUUAUUUGGCCAGCUGUUAAAAAACUUCCAGAUAAUCGAAAUAUUAUACAAACAGUUGAAGAAGAUUUCCCAGGUGGAAUAACUGCCCCAGAUUAUUACGUUUAUGAACUUUUUCACGAAUUUCUUACACCACUUAUAAAGGAUUUACACAAUAUUAACAUACAUUCUGAUUUAUCAACACACCCUCCCUCUGAUUUUACAAAUACUAUAAAAUUUUCGUCAAUGUCAUCAGAACCAUUUGUUGAAUUAAACAUUGAUCCGAGUGAUGAAUUAGUGCUGUCGGGCACAAUCGAAUGUUCAAGAAAUUUGGAAGGUUUUGAGUUACCUUUAAAUUUGAAAAUUGGAAAACUAGAAACUAUUGAAAGAAUUUUGACCACAAUUCUAAUGCAAGACGAUUUUGCAAAAUAUAGCGAAGUUUCAAAUCCAGAGUCUGAUCAAAAAGGUGGAACGUAUUAUACAUUGAAUGAAGUUCUAGAAAAACCAUCUGAAAUAUGUGCUACAUUGGCUUCUAGCGGUCUAUUGAUAGCCCUAUGUGAUAGAGAUGAGAUUGAUGACUGCACUCGACUACAUGGCAAGCACUGGCCGUAUGGUCGUGGUGUUUUUGUUAGUGAAGAUAAAACCGUAGCUAUAUGGAUCAAUGUGCAUGAUCAUCUACGAGUUCUUGUCUCUACGCCUACAGAUUCGCCGGGCGAAAUUGGUUUACCAUUUAGCAAACUAGCUUAUAUAAUGUCAUAUCUUCAUGAACGUCUUGAUUUUGUUUGGGACCUCAAGCUUGGACAUUUGAGCAGCAGGCCAACUUUUUUAGGAGCUGGACUACGCAUCAGUCUGAUUGUUAAUUUUCCGGGUCUUUCAAAAGAUUCAGAUAACAUGAAGCAUCUUUGUGCUAUGAGAGGGUUGCAAUAUCGAGAAACCCUUAGUUCUGAUAUAGCCCGAAUAAGUAAUUAUCAAUGCUUAAGCACGACCGAAGUAAACUGUUUUAAUGACUUUGCUACUGCAUCCUCAAAUUUGUUGCAAUUAGAAAAAGAUUUAUCGAUGCAAAGUUCGGCACAAAUAGCUACAAUGCUAACAAAUAUUUUCAGAAGAAAAAGAAGUAGUUUAGGAGAGUUGGAGAGUCCGGAAAAAUAUCCGAAGCAAUAAAUA